AUGAACGCUGACGACCGAAGAGGUGUUUCCUUGCCCCAGCUAUCCAAGGACCACGAUGAGUCUAGGUUGGAGAUUCUGACGACGAAGGAAAAGCUAUCCAGCGCGUUCACUAUUGCUUGCUCUGAAUGUAGGCCUUUAACUGGCUCGUAUCAGACCCGUGCUGAUUUCUACGUCUUAACAGAACAUUAUGUCACUCCAUACAAUUCCCACUGGUCGACGCAGUUAUCUAAUUCUUUGACCGUCGGAACUAUUCUCGGUCAGAUUAUCAUCGGUUACCUCUGCGACGUCAAGGGCAGAAAAUGGGGAAUUGUGCUGUCGACAGUCAUGAUCGUCAUUGGAAUCAUACUCUGUACCGCAUCCCAUGGUGCCAAUGGGAGCUUUAUAGGCUUCCUUUGGAUGUUCACUGUUUGUCGAGGUAUCACUGGUAUAGGUCUGGGAGGAGAAUACCCGAGCUGCUCAACGUCUGCUGCGGAAGCUGCCAACGAAAAGAUCAGGAAGCAACGCGGUCCAGUCUUCAUCAUGGUCACAAACUUUGUGCUCUCUUUUGGGACGCCUUUCGCUUGCAUCCUCUAUCUGAUCGUCUUCGAGGCAGCUGGCGGUUUACAGGCAAAUCUUUCAACUGUAUGGAGAACUGUUUUCGGUAUCAGUUGUAUACCUCCUCUCGCAGUAUUCUAUUUCCGUUUCAAGAUGCUCAACUCGCAACUCUACCGGAAAGGUGCUAUCCAGCAUAAUGUACCGCACCUAUUGACCAUCAAAUACUACUGGAAAUUCCUUGAUCGGUACUGCGGGGGCGUGGUUUUUGUACGACUUCAUUACCUUCCCCAACGGUUCUCGGGUCAAAUCAUCUCUUCUGUCGUCUUAGUCAAAGGAAAAGAACUCGUUCGUAAGACUGCGGAGUACCAGCUUCUUUUGGGCACGAUCGCGCUUCCGGGAUGUGUUGUUGGCGCGCUAUUGGUCAACCAUCUGGGGCGGAGGAAUACAAUGAUUCUCGGGUUCAGUGGAUACCUUAUUUUUGGUCUCGCGGUCGGGUGUGCCUAUGACAAGGUCAUCAAGAAUGUCCCAGGGUUCAUUGUAUUAUAUGGUCUGAUGAACUCUUUCGCUAAUGCCGGUCCUGGGGACAUGCUCGGAUUGACUUCGAGUGAAUCAUAUGCGACUGCUGUCCGUGGGACAUGUUAUGGGUUUUCAGCAGCGAUUGGCAAAGUUGGUGCAGUUCUAGGCACCCAGGCUUUCAAGCCAAUUCAGGACAACUUGGGGAAACGAUGGACUUUUAUCAUUGCGGCUAUCUGUGGUUUGGCCGGUAUGACCGUAACUUGGUUCUUCAUUCGUAACGAUUUGGAUGGAGAUUUAGCUAUUGAGGACGCGAAGUUCCAGGUGUUCUUGGAAGCAAAUGGUUGGCACGGAGACGUUGGCGCGGCAGAGUCCGUUGAUGCUUUAGUCGUAUCGGAGAAGGGCAAGGCUAAGGUGUCCACCGGGUAG